UCUGUAAUGUACCUGUCGCUAGAAAAUAAUUCGAUUUCCAAAAUUCCAGAUGAUUAUUUUACAAGGCUUCAAAAUCUAAUUGCAAUUAGAAUGUCACAGAACAAGCUUGAGGAGGUUGCUAUGAACACGUUUAACCUUCCACACCUCAUGGAGCUGAACCUGGGUCACAACAAACUAAAACAUGUGUUUUACAUUCCUCGAUCACUUGAGCACCUAUAUUUGCAUGACAACGAAUUUGAAACUAUAAACAUAACAUUGAUGUGCCCAGUAAUGGAUAGAAUGCACCGACUGACCUACCUUCGUGUGGAUCAAAACAAACUAAGACGUCCUUUAAGCACUUUAGUGUUUCUUUGUUUUCCCCAUAUAUACAGUAUUUACUAUGGUGAGCAGAAGCAAAUUGCUGGGGAAAAGAAUAUGCCACUCAUUCCUCAGUUCCCAUUGCCUGAAGAGGACAGGGAUGAUGAUGAUGAUGAUGAUGAUGAUGAAGAUUUUCCUCAAUAUCACAGAGAGGAGCAUGAACCAAUAGCAGGAGAACAUGCUGGGGAUGCAGAGGAAGAUAAUUACUUUGAUGAUGAGUAUUCAUAUUAG